UGAUAGUCAUGUAAAAACCGCUAUCCGAUAAUAGCGAACGCCUUUUAUCAAUUGUCAUUACAUUAUAAACACUGCUAAGAUUAAAACGCAAUGUUUGUUUAAUUUCUGCCGUUCGAAUAUAAUUCAAAAAUGUGGUUCCUGUGGGUGCUAGUUACUUUGUUGUUGAUAAAAGUGUUGAAUAAACUGUCCAAUGGAAAAUGUUAUUCUGAUAAUGUGAUGUGUGGCCAAGUGGUGAUAGUGACUGGAGCGAAUAGCGGAAUCGGGUACGCCACAGCUUUGGAACUGGCCAGACGGGGCGCCAGGGUGAUAGCGGCGUGCCGAGACGACGUUAAAGGGAGGACAGCAGUGGAAUCCAUAAUCAGAGCCACAAAAAACAAAUCUGUCAAAUACAUACAUCUAGAUUUAAGCUCUUUGGCGUCUGUGAGAAAAUUCGUCGAAAUAUUCAAGAGUACGGAGGCUAAAUUGGACGUAUUGAUUAAUAAUGCAGGCGCCAGUGGUAUGGGGAAGGAGAAAACAGCUGAUGGCAUCGUCAGGGAUAUGCAGGUGAACCACUUCGGUCCUUUCCUGCUGACUUUAUUGCUGGUGCCUAUUUUGAAAAAGUCCGCACCCAGCAGGGUAAUUAAUGUGUCCUCUGUUUUGCACAAGUUCGGUACCAUAGAGAACAUCAAUGAGGAAGGCAGGUACGGGUACUUCCAGGUGUUUUGCAAUAGUAAACUGUGUAAUGUACUAUUUAGCAACGAGUUGGCGAGGAGACUGGAAGGCACAGGGGUGGACGUGAACAGCUUGCAUCCCGGGCAGGUGAACACUUGUCUGUACAAGUCGACUGCCUUCGAGAAACUGAGAAGUUUGAUUUUGUACACUUUCUUCAAGAGUCCAGAGGAAGGCGCGCAGACUUCCCUGUAUUUGGCUGUAUCGGAUGAAUGUGACCAAGUGACGGGCAAGUACUUCGCGGACUGCGAGGAGAGCAACAUGUCUUUGAAGGCGCAAGACGAGUUACUGGCAAAGAGGUUGUGGAAGAUGUCAGAGGAAUUAGUGAGGAUAAAGCCGGAGGAGACCAUCUGACUUGUUACAUGUGAUAAUUGUUAUCAUUUUGUUGGGCGAGGUCGCUGACCAAUCUCUUUGAUAAGAUAAAUAUAUCUGUCAAAAACAUUUAUGUAACUAGAUAGAUAGAGUUUAAUCCGGACUGUAUUAUUAAUACCAUUAUCAAAAUUAUGAUAAUGAUAAUUCUUAAAAAUAGGCAAAUUAAUAUAGAUAUUAGGAAUGAAAAACAAAGCAAACGGAACCGUAUCAAUAAUAUCUUAGAGUUGAUUUUCCCGUCAACAAAACACAUUGUGUUAUGAAGCAUUAAAUUGUUAUUGUAAGCUGCUACCUACCGGAUGAAAGGUUAAUAAAAAUAUAUACCAUA